GCCGCUUGUGGUUAAAAUCUGGCUGCGAGGGGAGAAAGGGCCACUCGGGUGGACGAAGUCUCUCUCUCUCUCUCUCUCUCUCUCUCUCUCUCUCGCUUCCCUUCUCACCUUCUCUCACCCCCCACCACCGUAUAUAAUAAAAACAACAAUAUCAAUACACCAUCACAAAAACUGUCCCUUCUCCAAACUCCCGCGCCCCAUGCAAAUCUCCAUCAUCUUCUAACUCCGCUGCUCUCCGUCCUUCCUCGCCGCCUCCCUUCUCCUCCGAAACCCUAAUCCUAACCCUCUAGAUUUUUUUUCCCUUCCUUCUGUUGGAUUCUUUUGGUGGAGCGAUGGCGGUCCCUCCGAUGGCCUGGGUUCCGGCGCUUUACGUCGGGGACCUCCACGAGGGCGUGAUGGACGCCCACAUUUUCGAGCUCUUCUCCUCCGUCGGCCCCGUGACGUCCGUCCGGGUAUGCCGCGAUGCCGCCACCGGCCGCUCGCUCGGCUACGGCUACGUCAACUACAUUUCCCCGCAGGAUGCUGAGCACGCUCUCAUGAAGUUGAAUCACACUCUUUUGAAUGGUAAACCGAUAAGAAUUAUGUGGUCCCAACGGGAUCCUGAUGCAAGGAAAAGUGGAUUUGGAAAUCUGUUUGUGAAGAACCUAAGCGACUCCAUUGAUAAUGCAAGGCUUCAUAAGAUUUUUGAGAGAUUUGGGACCAUUUUGUCAUGUAAAGUUGCUGCAGAUGAUGAUGGGAAAACCCGAGGGUAUGGAUUUGUUCAGUUUGACAACCAAGAGUCGGCAGAUUCUGCCAUUGAGGAACUCAAUGGAUCCACUGUCGAAGGCAAGCAAAUAUAUGUUGGGAAUUUCAUUAAAAAGAGUGAACGUGUAGUGCUGAGCCCUGAAGCUAAAUAUACUAACUUAUACAUGAAGAAUCUGGAUCAGGACAUAACAGAAGAACUUAUUGAACUGAAGUUCUCUGAGUUUGGUAAAAUAUCUAAUGUGAUGAUUGCAAAAGAUGAUAACGGAAACUCAAAGGGAUUUGGGUUUGUGAACUUUGAAAGCCCUGAUAGUGCGAAAAGGGCGACGGAAGCUAUGAACGGAGUUCAACUUGGAUCCAAGACCCUGUAUGUGGCAAGGGCUCAGAAGAGAGCAGAGCGACAGCAAAUUUUGCGGCAUUUGUAUGAAGAAAAGCGCAAUGAGCAGAUCAGGGAAAACAUGGCCUCAAAUGUCUAUGUCAAAAACAUUGAUGAUGCCAUUGAUGAUAAUGCUCUGCGGGAAUGUUUCAGCCAAUGUGGCAACAUCACUUCUGCAAAAAUUAUGCGCGAUGAUAAAGGAAUAAGUAGAGGAUUUGGGUUUGUGUGCUUUAGUAGUCCAGAGGAAGCCAACAAAGCUGUGAACACUCUGCAUGGAUAUAUGUUCUAUGGAAAGCCUCUUUAUGUUGCAAUUGCCCAAAGGAAAGAGGAAAGACGGGCUCAAUUGCAGCUUCAAUAUGCUCAGCGCAUGGCAGCAUUGGCAGGAUCUCCAACUGCUGUUAUGCCUGCUGGGUAUCCCCCUCUUUACUACACUCCUCCUGGUAUUGUAUCACAAAUUCCUCCAAGGCAGGGCCUUGUUUAUCAACCUUUUGGACUUAGACCUGGAUGGAGGCCCAGUGGAUUUGUUCCUCCAUCGAGGCCAGCUUUCCAACCAAUGCCACUUCCAGUGAUGCCAAAUACUCCAAGGCAACAUAGACAAAAUAGGGGUUGGAUGAAUGGAUCGAUGCUGCUUCAGUCUGGACAGUCUGUUCCAUACCUGCCACAUAUGCAACAAGCAAGCCAUUUGAAUUCUUCCAAAGAUUUUAACAGCCAGCAGCGAUCUGGGCAGACCAGGUAUGUGCCAAAUGGACACCGGCUUGAAAUGAAUAAUGGAUCAGUGGUUCCACCUGGUGCUUCAAACUUGGAAGGUACAAAGAUGCUCAGCAGUCUGCUUGCUGCUGCUACCCCACAGCAACAAAAACAGAUGCUUGGCGAACGCCUCUUCCCCUUGGUUGAAAAACUUAAGUUUGAUCUUGCUGCUAAAAUUACUGGAAUGCUGUUGGAGAUGGACAACUCGGAAUUGCUUCUGCUGUUGGAGUCACCAGAAUCACUGGCUGCUAAAGUGGAAGAAGCAGUAGGUGUCUUGAAGCUCUCCAAAACCAAAGUAGGCGGUCAAGAUUCUGUCCACCCAAAUUACUUGUCAGUUGCAGUCAACUGAAAGGAAUACAGAUUCUGAGAAUAUCAUUUUUUUGAACUACAGAUUAUCAUUUGUAUUCUGCACCUAGGGCUUAUGAUUUUUAUUAGUGAGCCUUUCUCCAUUUUGCUGCUAGAAUUUGGAAGUUAUCUGAUGUGCUUCAUAGGACAGUAGACAUAGUUGUUUUAGAAUCUCUCAUUAUCACCAUAACUGACCAUCCAAGGGCGAAGACUGUUUUCUUUUUUCUUUACAUGUUACUGGUUAUACAACCUCUUAUGUUUCUGGAUUGUGCAUAGUUUAUGAACAAUUAGAUGCAUUUUUCCAAUCAAUAAUUAGCUUAUUCA